AUGGUAAAACGUUGCUUAUUCCAAAUGCCUUUGAAUAAGACACCGGGGCCCGAUGGCUUCCCAGCUGAAUUCUUCAAGGCGACUUGGGAUAUUUUGGGUUCUGAAGUAUCCUCAUCUGUUUUGAACUUCUUUGAAGCAAACUUCAUGCCCACUUCUCUGAAUUCCACAUCUCUGGUCCUCAUUCCCAAAAGACCAGGCGCGGAGGAGCUCAAAGACUUCAGACCGAUAGCCUGCCUCAACACUCUUUAUAAGAUCAUUACUAAGCUGCUGUCGGAGAGGCUUAAGUUAGUUCUUCCAAGUAUUGUUCUGUCAAAUCAGACAGCCUUCGUGAAGGAUCGUCUCCUGUUAGAAAAUGUGCUGUUGGCAACGGAAGUCAUGCAAGGUUACCACAAAGCAGGCAUUGGGAGCAGAAUCACUCUAAAAGUGGAUAUUUCGAAAGCUUUUGACUCGGUCAGAUGGGAUUUCCUACUGAGUGUUCUUCAAGCUUAUAGGUUCCCCUUAUCUUUCAUCAAAUGGAUCAGGUGCUGUGUUUGCUCUCCUUCCUAUUCGAUCAGCAUCAAUGGUGUAACUUCAGGUUAUUUUAAGGGGAAAACUGGACUGAGGCAGGGUGAUCCUCUAUCACCAAUCCUUUUUGUUCUGAUUAUGAAUGUUCUGUCUUUUAUGCUCAACAAGGCAGCUAUGGAAGGGGUUUAUAAUUAUCAUCCGGGUUGUGAAGACCUUCAACUUACUCAUCUUUGUUUCGCAGAUGAUCUCCUUAUUUUCUUAGAAGGAUCUGAACGUUCUUUGAGAGGUGUUCUAUCAGUUCUCUCUGCUUUUGAGAGGAUGUCGGGUCUUGGCAUUAAUCUCCAGAAAACGUCCAUGUUUUGUCAAGGAUUAGAUGCUACUUCUCUUGACAAUAUCAAAUCCCAUUUCAAUCUGGAGGCUUCAUCUCUUCCUAUUCGUUACUUGGGACUUCCUCUUUCCUCCAAGAAGUUGUCUAUUGGUGAUUGUGAUCCUUUGAUCGUACAGAUCCAGAAAAAGCUUGACUCUUGGACGAAUAAGUUUUUGAGCUUUGCUGGUCGUCUGACCUUACUUUCCUCAGUGAUAUCUGGGAUUAUAGGUUUUUGGACAAGUGCAUUCAUUCUUCCUAAGAAGGUUAUCAGGAGGAUUAAUAGUCUAUCUAGCUCCUUCUUGUGGCAUGGCAGAACAGGAAUCUCUACUGGAGCAAAGGUUGCUUGGAAAUUGUUAUCUUCCCCAAAGAUGGAAGGUGGACUCGGCAUUAAGGACACUGUAAGUUGGAACAAUGCUUCAAUCUUGAAACUGAUAUGGUUGUUAUUUUUUCGGGCGGGCUCUAUCUGGGUUGCUUGGAUUCGUCGAAGCUAUAUCUCUAAUUCCUCUUUCUGGGCAUUGAACGAGAAGAAUUACUCUUAUUCGUGGAUGUUUAGAAAGAUUCUGAAGCUUCGUAAAUUAGCCAUUCAGUUUCUUCGUAUCAAGCUUGGCAAUGGGGACUCGACUUUCUUCUGGUGGGAUCCCUGGACACUCUUUGGUCAAUUACAUGUUUUCCUGGGUGAGGAUGGACCUUCCCGCUUAGGAAUCCCUCUUUCUGCAACGGUCUCUGAAGUUUGGGAUCAUACUGGCUGGACUCUUCCACCUGCGCGUACAGAACGCCAAGUCACUCUUCACACCUAUCUUCUCUCUGUUGGCUGUUCUUCUCAAUCUGAUAGGCCAAUAUGGCUAAUCAAGGACAUCCCUCAACGAUCUUUUUCGCUAUUUAAGGUGUGGGAUGAGAUAAGGUUGUCAAAAUCUGAAGUGGCAUGGGCUCCGAUUCUUUGGCAUAAAGCAGGGUUGUUUCGUCACCAGACAACAACUUGGCUUUUUCUUCUUAAUUGA